UUGGCUGCGUGAGUGAGCAAGAGCCGGUUUAAACCGGGGGCGGGCGCGUGUUCAGUUUGAAUCCGGCAGACAGCAGCUCCGUUCGGAUCGCUCAGAGACAAACACACGCAGGAACAUCAUGGCCUCUCAGAACAUGGACCCUGCAGCAGCAGCAGCUUCCUCCACCGCAGCUCUGAAAGGCAGCGAGAGCGGCGGCAGCUCAGCCCGAGGCUCCGUCUCCAAACGGCUGCAGCAGGAGCUGAUGACCCUGAUGAUGUCAGGUGAUAAGGGGAUCUCAGCGUUUCCAGAAUCAGAUAAUCUCUUUAAAUGGAUCGGAACCAUCGAUGGAGCUCAGGGGACGGUGUACGAGGGGCUCAGGUACCGGCUGUCUCUGGAGUUCCCGGCCGGUUAUCCCUAUCAGGCUCCUCGUGUGAAGUUCGUGUCUCCGUGUUUUCAUCCCAACGUGGACGAGCAGGGAUUCAUCUGUCUGGACAUCCUGAAGGACAAAUGGUCGGCGCUCUACGACGUCCGCUCCAUCCUGCUGUCCAUCCAGAGCCUGCUGGGAGAGCCGAACAACGAGAGUCCUCUGAACACGACGGCUGCGGAGCUGUGGGCCGAUCAGGAAGCCUUCAGAGCUCAUCUACACUCGACGUUCCAGAAGUGAAGCUGCUCGUCUUUUUAUUCUGUUUGUCUUCUGUGUUUGUAUAAUAUUUUUAUGUUUGUUACCUCGCUGUGUUAAUAAAUUUCUUAAUCCAACAUCA